GAGAGCUGCGCUGUCACUUGCAACCAGCUCCCUGGGCUAGAGGAGGAAGAAGGGCGCUUGCCGGGGAGAGGUGGCGGCUGGCGGCGGCUGACCUGGAGGGGCGGGGGCUCAGCUCCGCCCAAGCUGGGUUGCCAUGUCCCGGCAGGCGAAAGACGACUUCCUGAGACACUACACAGUCUCCGACCCCCGGACCCACCCCAAAGGCUACACCGAGUAUAAAGUGACCGCGCAGUUCAUCUCAAAGAGAGACCCAGAGGAUGUCAAAGAGGUGGUGGUCUGGAAGCGGUACAGUGACUUCCGCAAGCUGCACGGAGACCUGGCCUACACCCACCGCAACCUCUUCCGCCGCCUGGAGGAGUUCCCCGCUUUCCCCCGGGCCCAGGUGUUCGGCAGGUUCGAAGCCUCUGUGAUCGAGGAGCGGCGCAAGGGGGCCGAGGACUUGCUUCGCUUCACCGUGCACAUCCCCGCGCUCAACAACAGCCCCCAACUCAAGGAGUUCUUCCGGGGUGGGGAGGUGACCCGGCCCUCCCAGGUGUCCAGGGAUCUGCACAUCUUGCCACCCCCUCUGAUCCCCACGCCGCCCCCUGAGGAGCCCCAGCCACCGCCCGAGGAGUCCUGGUUGCCCCAGCCGCUCCCCGCGGAGAAGAGGGGCCUUGAGGAGUUGGAGGUGCCGGCGGACCCCCUGCCCUCCAGCCCUGCCCAGGACGCCCUGGAUCUCCUCUUCCCCUGCGGGAGCACGGAGGAGGCGUCCGGCUCCCCUGCCCGAGGCCCCCUCACUGAGGCCGAGCUUGCCCUCUUCGACCCCUUCUCCAAGGAAGAAGGUGCGGGCCCCAGUCCUACCCACGUGGGUGAGCUGGCAGCAAUGGAGGCAGAGACUGAGAGGCUGGACCAGGAGCCCUGGGAGCCAGGAGGCCAGGAGGAGAAAGAAGCUGAGGAAGGAGGGCCCACCCCUGCCUAUCUGAGCCGAGCCACAGAGCUCAUCACCCAGGCCCUGCGGGACGAGAAGGCGGGCGCCUACCCCGCAGCGCUGCAGGGCUACCGGGACGGCGUGCACGUCCUGCUUCGGGGGGUUCCCGAUGACCCAUCGCCCGCGCGCCGGGAAGGCGUGAAGAAGAAGGCAGCUGAGUACCUGAAGCGGGCCGAGGAGAUCCUGCGCCUGCACCUGUCCCAAGCGCCACCCUGAGAGGGACUGGACCCUUGCCCGGGACUCGAGCUCUAGCACUGCCGGCCACCCCUUCCUCCUCUCCCUGGGGCCUGGCCCUAUCUCUGCUCUUGUAACUCCAGAGGCCAUUUCUGUAUGUAAUUGGACCAAGAAUGAGAAAAAGGAUGACUUCUCAGUUCCCUGACCACACCCGUCCGCGCGGAAUCAGGGACUGACUUCUGAUCCUGCCUGUCUCUGUCUUGAUGUGUGAGCAGCAGCUCUGGUCGCUAAACUGCCCGUUUACCCUUCUAGAACCACAGGGUCUGCAAACCGCGGCCCACAGCCAGAUCUGACCCACUGCCUUUAUUUGUAAGGCCCGUGAGCUAGAAUGGGUUUUGCAUUUUUUUAAUAGUUGAAAAAAAUCAAAAGAAUAAUGUUCUGUGGCAGGUGAAAAUGAUAGGAAAUUUAAGUAUCUAAAAAUACAACUUUAUGGGCGCACAACCAGGCGCAUUUGUUUGGUGUUGUCUGUGGUUGCUUUCCCGCUGCACCAGCGGAGUGGAACAGUUGCAGAGUCGAGUGUGUAGUUGAAAGUCCUAAAACAUUUA